AAUGUCUUCGGAACUUGAUGUAACUGAACCAAUUUUGAAUUCUUCAAUAAAUAAUGAACACAAUGAAAUAAACGGGGGAGAACAUCCCCAUUUGGAUAGUUCACAAGAUGAGGCAAAUCAACAGGAUAAUGUUGAAGUUAACGGUCAACACAUUAAUGAGGAACAGGGGAAUGAUGAAGCUGAUAAUGAUGGAGAGAAGGAUCUUCAACCGCCGUUUACUCCACCUGCAAAUGUUUCGUCUGGAAUUGUGACUUCUGCUAAUAGGCGCACUUCAACUCGUAAGCGUCGUAUGGCUGUACCGGCACUUACUCCAACUUCUUCUGUAAAACGGCGUCGAGUUACAAAUGAUGGACGUGGAAAUACUCCCGUCUCUACUACUCCAAAUAGCGUUAAGAAAAGGCGAACAAAAGUCAAAGACCAAAGUGAGAUGCCGUUAAUUGAUUUGGAUGAUCCUAAUGAUCCAUACAAUUUUACUGCAAAUUCUGAUGUUCAUCCUGAACCUUUGGCUGAUAUUAGCGUUAAACGUGCUUCAUUUGGUGAAAUUAAAUUUACAAAGUCCUUGCCUGGGUCAUCAGAGCGUUAUGCAAAUGUUGAACGUAUUGCUGCAGAAAGGAAUCCCUCAUUGCUCAAUAAUACGGGAAUGGGGACAUCAUUCCGUUCAGCGGUAUAUUUCAACGAAAUUUCUUUUUAA